AUGCACCUGGAGGCUUUCAGGGACCUGGCACAGGCAGGGGGAUUCUCUUGGGGAGCGACAACAUUGGUGCACUUGUACGACCAUCUGAAUGAAGCGUCGCAGACCCCUACACGACAGAUGGCCGGUUACAUGACAUUAUUUCAGAUAUGCGAGUACUUUCCGAUGGUGCAUCAGUGCGUCGUUGAUGAUGCUUAUGUUGAGGCUAGCCCACGUGCCUCCAGGUGGCUUACAAGUAAGGCUCAUAUGACAGGGAUCAAGGGAGCCCCAUACCGGGUACGUAUAGAAGCCCUGACUGUCACGGACGCCUAUUGGAUGCCCUAUGCAGAGCACCGGGGAGUUAAGGGCUUCGACCUGAUCUCAUUCUACACGGGCCAACUCAUAUGGGGUCAGAUAGUUGUCUAUGUUCGACCAGAGUGGGUGCUUCGACAGUUCGGGUACAUUCAGACCGUCCCUCUACCGCCUGUUCGUGAUUCGUUGACGGGUCCUGAUAUAGAUGACCGGUGGCUGCACUUUUCAGACCAUCUAGUGCCCGCGGGGGAGAUCUGUGUAGUUUUCGAUCUCCCUAUGCAUUCAGUGGUUGACUGCCAAGGAUGUCAAGUGAUCGUUGAGGAUUUGGAGCUGGUCAUCAACCUCAAGAUGGUCACUGAAGGCACUGAGUUAUAUGACAUCAUGGCUCGUUGCCUCAGGAUCGCUAGAGGUAACGCCGCAGAUGGAAGUCUUAGGUCACGACAAAGACGGCGCAUAGAAUAG